CAUUCCUGCUUCAAUAGCGGAGGGAUGCUAGUGGGAGGGGGGAUGUUUUCACCCCCUGAGACAGACACACGGAGGCCUGGACUAGUGUGUUCUGCUGGAGGGUUAAAGCCAGUAAGGGACCGCAGUGGAACAAGCGGCAGGGCCGGAGAUCUGUGUGGAAGGAUUGAUGACCUGGUGGAACUUGGGGGUUCUGAGCACCUGAGAGAGGAACAGGGGUGGGGGGGGCAGAAGGUUGGAGAAACAGCAGUGUGGAGAGAAGCCCCUGGUGAUGGUGAUGGUGCCUGUAUAGGAGGUUAUAAAUGGACGAGCCCUCCUCUGAGCACAGACCCAGUCCAGCCCCGACCUUCACCUCUCCACCAGCCAUCUCAUCUGGAACUUCCUCUCCUAACAAGUAUACCUGCUUCUCCUCUUCCUCCUGUACACCUGCCCCUACCUUCUCCUCAUCCCUCCAUCUCCCAGCUGUCCUCCAGCGGAACCAUGCACCCCCAGCGCCCUCUCCCCCAGGCCAUGCCCUCCUCGUUCGGGCAGAACCUUCGUGACAUGGCCAUGGGCCUCGGCCGAGGCAAGAACUUCCUGGGAGGGAACAUCGCCUACGGCUUCAUCCAAUCCUUCAAGGAGUGCCUGUACUUCCUCCUCUGCUGCUGGUGCAUCAGAGAGAUCCUGGACUGAGAGAGGAGAGAAGAGAGAGGGGCGUUCUCCUUCAACUUGUUACUCUGCUAGUCUGCUUGGCCUGUUUUUCUCCCAGUGGGCAUGGCGUGUUUGUCCGGCGGUGUGGAGGCUGAGGUUAGUGCUCCACCUCUCGGACUGAAGACGGAGGACUGAUGGACGUUGCGGAAAGACACUGCGGGCGCUCAGCCUUGAUUUACCAUCUCCUCACCUCUGCUGCCCAUCUGUCAUCUGGAGGUUAGAGAAGGAAGAGUGCACUGACAGCUGUACUGAGACGGCUGUUUACCCAGCUACGCUCAGCUCUGCUCUCUGUGUACUGAGACGGCU